CAGAGAGCCUUCUCCUAUGGCACGCAGUACGGCGGCUCCAGCCUACGGAGGAGUCCGUGUUUCUGGGGGAAGCAUUUAACUGCUGCACCACAAGACGCCGAGCGGGUGCACGUCUCGGGCUGUGAUCCGUGUGCGGUGAUAGUUUAAAGCUCUAUUAUCUUCAUGGAGGAAGAUGAAGACUGCCCAGAACUUGUUCCCAUCAUACAACUGGUACAGGAUGAACAAACCCAGUGCAGGAUUCCAGUCACUAUCAUUACAGGUUACUUAGGUGCCGGGAAGACUACGCUUUUGAACUACAUUUUGACAGAACAGCACAACAAAAGAAUUGCAGUCAUUGUUAAUGAGUUUGGUGAAGGCAGUGUCGUGGAAAAGUCUUUGGCUAUCAGCCAGGCUGGAGAACUUUACGAGGAGUGGUUGGAGUUAAGAAAUGGUUGCCUAUGCUGCUCUGUAAAGGACAAUGGACUAAAAGCAAUAGAAAAUCUAAUGCAGAAGAAAGGAAAGUUUGACUACAUACUGCUGGAAACCUCGGGUUUAGCAGAUCCAGGUGCUGUUGCUUCCAUGUUCUGGGUUGAUGCUGAGCUGGGAAGUGACAUCUAUCUAGAUGGCGUUGUGUCGGUGGUGGAUGCCAAAUAUGCCCUGCAGCACCUACUGGAAGAGAAACCAGAGGGUCUUAUAAAUGAAGCUGCUAGGCAGGUAGCACUGGCGGACGUGAUCAUUAUCAACAAAACUGAUUUAGUAUCAGUUCAAGAACUGGAGGAUGUGAGAUCUGUUGCCAGGUCAAUAAAUGGACUUGUGAAAAUUUUGGAAACUCGAAGAGCUAGGGUGGACCUAGCAGAAAUUUUAGAUUUACAUGCGUUUGACAGUUUGUCUGGGAAGAGUUUGCAGGACAAGCUGAUCAGCAGUACUGCUCAUCCACAUCUGGAUAAGAGUAUUGUCACAGUUACAUUUGAGGUCUUUGGAAAUGUGAUUGAAGAAAACCUCCAUUUGUUUAUACAGAAUUUGCUUUGGGAGAAAAAUGUUAACAAUAGAAUUGGUGUUUCCAUGGAGGUGAUAAGAUUGAAGGGUUUGGUGGCAAUAGACGAUAAGCAUCAGCAGGUUAUUGUACAAGGAGUUCAUGAGUUAUACGACCUUGAAGAGACACAAGUGACCUGGGAAGGCGAAAGGCUAAAUCGGAUGGUGUUUAUAGGCAGACAUUUGGAUAAAGACGUUCUUAAACAGCUCUUUGAAUCUACUCUGAAAAGCUAACACUCCCAUCCUAUCGAAGUUGAUGAUUGGCUGGUCUCCUAAAACAUGAAUAUGCAGUUCUUCUGGAUUCUGUCGUUUAGACAGACGGACACGUUUUAUCUAUAGAUUUGUAAUAUAUUGUUAAAUAUCAAAUUACAUGUAAUAAAACAUUUUUUUUCUGAGACUCUUAAUAGAUGACUUACUAAGGUUACUUUCACACUAGCGUUUUAGUUUUCCGGUAUUGAGAUCCGUCAUAGGGGCUCAGUACCACAA